UUGAAGUCUGGCUUUUGCCGAAGCACGACCGAGUAUUCAUGUCUACUCCUACUCGCCAACUUCGAAGACUGUCAAUUACCGGUGGCAUGCCAACAGUUCCUCCCAGAAAAGAGAUCAUCGGAAACCAGGCCGAGGACAGCGAUGACAGCGAUGGUUCGAAUAGUGGAAGCGAUUCCAGCGCUGGCGAAAGGGCAACCCCGGCAGCACACUCGAUUGUACAUGGCGAGUCGGGCAUUUCUUACGACCUCUCCAGGCUGGAUGUCGAUUCCAAGGCCAGAGCUCUGGUGGGAUUGACGAGUCACUUCGACGUGGCCCGCUGCCAUGAGACGCAGACAGGAUACGGGUUCCAGUUGUCAGAGCGGCCUCACGUUCAUCUCGGCGCAGAGUCUGUCACUUGCACUUGUCCAACGUACUCGAGUCAACCCAGUGUACCCUGCCAACAUAUCUAUUGGCUUCACGACCAGCUUCAAGGCCGCCUCUUCUCACGACCUCCUACCCCCGACAUUCCUCUAUCCGACCAUGACCGCUUACCGAACCUUGAACGCAUCAUACAACUGCUCGAUUGCAAGAUACCUACCAUUGCGCACGACUUUGACUGGCCGUAUUCGCACUUCGAAGCCCACGGGGGGAUGAACCGUCAGGAGAUGGUCAGGGAUAUCAUGUCCGCCUUUGAUAGCGCCAUACUGCCCGAGGACUUCCGUCCGGACCUUGUCGGUGAUGACCCGGGGCAGUCGCGCACGCCCGAGCAGUGCGUGGUGCAGGGGGACUUCGAGGCUACCUUGUUCCGGCUGGCGGUCCACGACGAUGCAGUUUACGCCAGCCUGCGUAAAGCGAUGCCCAUCGGGGCUUGUGCGGUGAUAUACUUUGACAAGGUCCAGCAGAGACUGCGCAGCUUACUCGCUGACUUCGAUCGAUACUGUCGGACCGGACAGCUUCCGACGGGAGUCGAAGACUUAACGGCCAGCACUGUGCUGGAGGAGAUCCAAGGCCAUGUUCACCGAGUCCAGAGGAGUGUUAUGGCGCGGGCACCGUACGGCACUGAUGGAGCUGCAAAAGCGCUCAUAAUAUUACUGGAAGACAUCUGCGGCCGUAAUCGGGAUCCCUUGGAGGGCAAUGACUGGGGUCGGGAGACAUUUGACGGCGAGGACGAGGACCAGCGCAAUCUCUAUCACCAGCUCAUUGGCAGGACCCACGAGACUGGAGACUUCUUUGUCCUUGAUGUUCUCGAGCACCUUCCCCUCAAGGAUCUUCAUCAGUUUGAGGACAAGUUGAAGGGGAUCCUGCGCAGGGUGGAGGUAGACCGCGCGCCCAAGGCUUAUAUCAUCCGGCUGGACGCGCUGAUCCGUGCUCUGGCAUCUACUGACGGAGGUGCUGGUCAGAAAAGGCCGUCUUCAGCUACGACUACCGGCAAUAGCAAGCGAGUUCGAUGA